CAGCCUGGACCCUCACGGGGAUUUUAGCACGAGCCCUUCGUCCCUGUGCACCGAGCCCCUCAUCCCCACCACCCCCAUCAUCCCCAGCGAGGAGAUGGCCAAAAUCUCCUGCAGCCUGGAGACCAAGGAGCUCUGGGACAAGUUUCACGAACUGGGCACCGAGAUGAUCAUCACCAAGUCCGGGAGGAGAAUGUUUCCUACGAUCAGAGUUUCCUUUUCGGGAGUGGAUCCUGAAGCCAAGUACAUUGUGUUAAUGGAUAUAGUUCCUGUGGACAAUAAAAGAUACAGAUAUGCCUACCACAGGUCUUCCUGGCUAGUAGCUGGAAAAGCUGACCCUCCACUCCCUGCAAGGUUGUAUGUGCACCCCGACUCACCAUUUACAGGAGAGCAAUUGCUAAAGCAGAUGGUGUCGUUUGAAAAAGUGAAGCUCACAAACAACGAGCUGGAUCAGCAUGGCCAUAUCAUUUUAAACUCCAUGCACAAGUACCAGCCAAGGGUCCACAUUAUUAAGAAGAAGGAUCACACGGCAUCUUUGCUAAAUCUGAAAUCUGAAGAGUUCAGGACAUUUAUCUUUCCAGAGACAGUUUUUACUGCUGUUACUGCCUACCAGAAUCAAUUGAUAACCAAGUUGAAAAUUGACAGCAACCCUUUUGCUAAAGGAUUCCGGGACUCUUCCAGACUCACUGAUAUCGAGAGAGAAAGUGUGGAAAGCCUCAUCCAGAAGCAUUCCUAUGCCCGAUCCCCCAUUCGAACCUAUGGAGGAGAAGAUGAUCUAGGAGAUGAGAGUCAGGCAACACAAAGCAGAGGAUCAGCUUUUACAACAUCUGAUAACCUAUCCCUCAGUUCCUGGGUAUCCUCCUCAACCAGUUUUCCUGGAUUUCAGCAUCCACAGUCUUUGAGCGCCCUGGGUACCAGCACUGCAUCCAUAGCUACGCCCAUUCCUCAUCCGAUCCAAGGAUCUCUGCCUCCAUACAGCCGCUUGGGAAUGCCUCUUACACCUUCAGCUAUUGCCAGCUCCAUGCAAGGAGUGCAAAUAAGAGACUGAAAUUUGGGGUUCCCAGGAUCACCAAGAUAAUGAUCAGAGACCAAGGAAACAGCCUAAGAAAAGAGGGGAAAGGACUUGGGUCUGUUUAGUCUGGAGAAGUGAAGAUUAUGGGAAGAUACAAAGAUGUUUUUCAAAUCUAUGAAGAAU